CACCUGCAGACAUGGCGCAUGGUGGGGCGGACGAGCCCUCCUCCUCCUCCGGGAGCCUGGAUGGCAAAGGUCAGAGCCUGGAGGACAGAUCCUCGCUCCAGCAGAGUCUGGCCAUCAGGGAGCUCAUUGACACCGAGGUCUCCUAUUUACACAUGCUCCAGCUCUGUGCCUCAGACGUCAGGAGCCGCCUCCGGCAGCUGCCGCAGGGAGAUCUGGAUGUCCUGUUCUGCAACCUCGAUGAGAUCAUCCAGGUGAACAGCAGAUUUCUGCAUGGUCUGCAGGAAACAGCCUCCAAGGAAGAGAAGCAGGUGCACCUAAUUGGUCACUUAUUCCUGGAAUUCCAAGAGGAUUUCGAGCAAGUCUAUAAGGUCUACUGUGCCAACUAUGACCAGGCCCUGCUGCUCUUGGAAGUGUACCGGAAGGAGCCGGAGCUACAGCGGGAGAUCCAGAGCAUCAUUCAGGCCGUGGUGCCACAAGCUGGACCGUCAGGCCUCAGCUUCAUACUGGUAAUUCCUGUGCAGAGGAUUACCAAGUACCCACUGCUGCUGCAGAAAAUCCUGGAGAACACACUCCCCGAUGCCAGCUCCUACCCUGUCCUUCAGAGGGCCACCUCUGCCCUCCAGGACGUGAAUGCCAACAUCAAUGAGUACAAGAUGCGCAAGGAAGUGGCCUCGAAGUACACCAAGGUGGAGCAGCUGACCCUCCGGGAGCGGCUGGCCCGAAUCAGCACUCACACGCUCUCCAAGAAGACCACGCGGCUGAGCCAGAUGCUGAAGCAGGAAGCGGGCCUGGUGCCCAGGACAGAAGACAAGGAAUUUGAUGAUUUAGAGGAGAAAUUCCAGUGGGUGUCUCUGUGUGUGACAGAGCUGAAGAACAAUGUGGCAACUUACUUGGAAAACCUGGAGGCUUUCCUUCACUUCCGGCCUCACGAAUGUGACCUGGACAUCCCCGGGGGCCCAGCGGGGCAGUAUUGCAGCCUGGCCAGAGACCUGUGGCAUGAGGCCUUCCUGGAGUUUAAGCAGAGGCUGAAAAGCCUGGUGUGGCGGCCACUGUGCAGCCUGGCCAAAGCCCUGGUCGGCCCUCAGAACCUGAUCAAGAAGCGUCUAGAUAAACUCCUGGACUUUGAGCGGCUGGAAGAGAAGCUGUUGGAGGUGGGCAGCGUGACUUACGAGGAGGAGGCAGACCGGCACACGUACCAGGCCCUCAACUCCCUGCUGGUGGCUGAGCUCCCGAAGUUUAACCAGCUGGUGGUGCAGUGGCUGGGCCAGAUCCUUCGUACUUUUGCAGCUCUGCAGAGGGACCUUGCAAAGCAAGUGCUGCAGAGGGCAGAGGGCAGCAUAACCCAGCUGCCUCACCACCACAUCUCGGAGCCGGCCUUCCGGAAGCUGGUGGAGGACACACUGGACCGAGGCAGUAGUCAGCUUCACUCCUUUCGCGAGAACUUUGAGAGGGUGCUGCCACCUUCCACCUCACAACCACUCCUUCCAGGCUCUGAGCGCCAGGUGCAGGCUCUUCUGAGCAAGUACGGUCCCGGGAAGCUUUACCAGGUGACGAGCAACAUCAGCAGGGCAGGGACUUUGGACCUGACACUGCCACGGGGCCAGAUCGUGGCCCUGCUUCAAAACAAGGACACCAAAGGCCACAGCAGCCGCUGGCUGGUGGACACUGGAGGACUUCGGGGCUACGUGCCGGCUGGGAAACUGCAGUUGUACCAUUUCGUUCCCAGUGAGGAGCUCAGAGGACAGGCGGAGCCACAGCAGGACUCCCACCAUAUAGCGCCAGCACCUGCCCCUGCCCCAGUGCCCUCUACCCCGGCUGUGACCCAGGUGGUAGCAGCGUACCCGUUUAUGGCCAGGAGCGCACACGAGGUGAGUCUGCAGGCAGGCCAGCCUGUGACCGUCCUGGAGGCCCACGACAAGAAGGGGAACCCAGAGUGGAGCCUGGUGGAAGUGAACGGACGGAGGGGAUAUGUGCCUUCCGGCUUCCUGGCCAGGGCCCCAAGCCCUGCCCCGUGGGGCUGGACUCUACCCUUUUAGGAUGCCCUCCCUGGAGCCCAUGUUGCCAAGGCAUGGAAGGGGCUUGUCGGGAAAUGAACCGAAGAAAGAACAGGAGUAGAAAGGAGAUCGGGCACCUGGAAGGCUGCUGGGAGCCGUGCCAGGGUGUUCGUGGCCCUGAUCAUUCACUAUGUUUGCAUAAGAACCUAGGGUCACAGCUGAUUGGCCAGGACUCACCUGGACUCAGUUGGCCAGGACACUCACCUGGAUACUGUGUGGUUGUGGGGAACGGGCUGGAAGAGUGCAGCACUGUCUGGCCUUACGGUACACUUCUCUGUGCAGAACCUGGACACAGCAAGGUUGACCAGUCAGCUUUUGUUUUUCUGUGCCGGCAGCUGAGUUAUCUUGGACAGUAAACUCCAGGGAGCCUUCUCAGUGGCCGUGGAGAGGUUCCCAGGAGAAUCUUGCCUGGGCCUGGGAGCGGAGUGAUCCAGUCACAGCUCUGGAAUGUGUAGGCAAAUUCCCAGGUGAUUCUCGGCACAGGGGAUUUCGGUGGCAUGUCAGGUGAGGUGUAUAAUACGGCCGGCAGCAGUUGUAGCAUGCAGCCGUUCUCCCUGGAGUAGGAGCAUGCAAAUCAGUGCAGAAACAGAGGAAGUGCAGGCUGCAGGCUGCUGGGUGGGGAGGCAAGGUAAUGGUGUGGUUUCUUGUUUCUGGGGAAAAGAGCUGGGGAGCCCCGUGGUUUCAGCUUGCUUUUUGGGGCCUGGAGGCAGCAGAAGCCUGAGGUCACUUGGCUGUGGCCUUAGACAUAGGACAUUGCUCUAGUUCUCCCCUCCAGGUUGUGUGAGACUGGCAUGAAGCUAAGGGUGCAGAGGCUCCUCAGAAACCACGAAGUGUGAUACCAGGGUCAGUGCCAUCUGUGGUGUCAGGAUGGCCUUGGCCACCAGCCGGCCUGGACUGGCACAUGGAGUAGUCGUGCCGUCACCCCUUGCACCCAUACCCACAGCAGCCAACAUCGUCUGUUAACACGGUGUCCUUUUCUUCAAGCCCAGGCUCUACCCAGGUUCCUUCUCAAUGUGUUCGUUGUGGAUUAACAAUAAGGAUGUGUUGUUAGGGCCGGGGAUUUAGCUCGGUGGUGCCUGCCACCUGCCUCAAAAGUACAAGGACCCAAGUUCAAUCCAAAAAAAAAAAAAAAAAAAGAAAUAAAAAAAGAAAAGGAUGCGUUUUCAGAUGCACUUGUUAAGAGACUAUGCCUCAGGACUGUAACAGAGCGUAUGCUCACAAGCUAGCCAAGCUGUGGCACCACGAGGUGAUAUAAUGUCAUGAACAUCUGGCAGAUGUUCUGUCCGUAGGUGACUGUCAUGCAGCAUGUGACUGCGCAGCACCCGAGGGGCCGAUUUCUUGAACUCUGAAUGAAUCACCCCUUUCUCAAACCUGAAGCCUGAGUCCCCUCACAAACAUGUCCUCUCCCGGGAAGACUGUCCACCCGGGCAGCGUUGGGCUGAGGCACAUGGCAGACUUGUCAGAGAGGGGCAAGGUGAUCCAGCAGGGUCUUUAUGCAGUUUUCACAAGUUUGGAGCCAGCCCGCAUGAGGAUGUGUGUGGAACAGGUGGCAAUGUAGAUUUAUUUCCAAGCGUGUCUCUGUGUUAGCAGUGGAGUGCCGAGCACUGUUAGCCCUGCUAUCUGGAGGGCUCUUGAGAAAUACGUACUUGUCUGUGUCAGACAAUCUGUAAUGUGCUUCCCCUGGGCUUGUUAAAGCAUGAAGACUGCAGAAAGCCAAAGGAACUCAGGCCCCACGAUCCCUUCCUCAGCCCUAAAUUCGCUUCACAAGAUGCUCUUGAUGUAUUUUCCUUUCCUUUCCUGCUCAGAUUUCUGAUAGAAAUAGGGAUCAGAGGAGUAUAUAUCAUAAAGUGUGAUAACCAUUUGUGAGUUACACAGAUUCUUACUGGGAGCCCACUGUGCUGGGACACUGGCUUAGGGCUUCUCAGCAUGGCUGCUCACUGCGUUUACCUGGGAAGCUUUCAACUGUGAUGCAAGCCAGAAGCCCACCCAGAAAAGCUCCUGGGGUGGCCUGGGGUGGCCUGGGCUUUGGUCUUCAGGAAGCUCCCCAGAUGUAUCUAACAGGCAGCCAGGCUGAGGACCUCUGCCCCAGAUAUGCAUGGACAGACAGACCCGGGGUCAGAGACAGAAAAGGGUAAACUAAGACGUGCCCUGGCUCAGCUUUGUACAGGCUAUUUAAACAGGCGGCAUUUGAGGCAGUUUGAAAUAGGACAGCCUGUUCUGUCAAGUCCCAGAAUGUAUAUUUAUUAAGUGCCAUUAAAAGGGACCUGAACAAAAUUGGAUGUUCUCACAGGCAUAAGGGAGAAAAAUGAAAUCUGCGUGGAACCAAGGCUGUCUCUUGAAGGGAAAAUAAAAACGUAUUCAGUAGCACGUGGGUUAUGGUUUCUCAUAGCCCAGGCGAUGAGAUUAAAAGUCAGUGGAGAGUAAGAAAAUGUGCAUUGGGAAGAUGGAGAAUGGCCUGCAUUUUCUCCAGGGGACUCUGUGUAAUGUGCCUUUUACCCCCAGAUGCCUAGAACCAUUGUACUGUACCUCAUUUAUUUCCCUGCUGGGCUGUCACAGGCAAACUGGCUGAGAUACUCGCCCAAGAGCUGAACAAGACUUCCAGGCGGGGAAGACUGGGUCACAAGGGCACCCUUGCCCUCUCUGGCAGAGGGAGGUAUCUUUAAUCCUCUGGAUUCCAACUUAGGUUUGGAUGAGAGGGCAUGAAAGAUGAAUGAAUUAUUUGGUUGAUAUCAUGAGCACCAGCUCAUUGAGUAACCGAUGUAAACUGCUGGGAAUAAAGGACU